AUGGAAGCUAUACCUUUGGGUGGAUUGAUAGUUAUCAGAGGACUUGACGAUGGAAGUGAUUCAGAUUUGGUGCGUUAUUUAGCCUCGAAAGGUACAGAAGCCUUUGAGACUACGCCAUGUGAAGAUUUAGCAAGAUUUUCGAGAAAACCCAAUUCCUUUCAUCAACACGACACCACUGGGAUCGAUUUUAGCGUCUUGUACCUCAAAUAUGGACUAGAUUUAACACUGAGGAAUCUCAGCAAGUUUAAAGAAUCGAUUUGUAUAUGUUUAUUGGUCUUGCCUGACGUGGAGAAGAUUAUGGAAUGGAAUCGCGUUGCUUCAGUAGCUGAUGCCACAAUAGAGUUGAGACGAGAAGAUACAAAUUUGAUUGCAAACAUUACCAGAUGGGAAAGAAACGGAAAAGUCAAUAAGCGGGAAGAAAUCAUCUCCGUGCAGAGUGAACCUUUUCGACUAGAAUUCCGAAAAUAUCAAGCAUCGCUUUUGGAAACGGUGGAGUCCGCACCUGAACCAUCGCUCAGUACAUCGUUUGAUAUUGGACUUAAUCUUAAAAGAUCGGAAAGGGCUGCUAAAGAAUCGCUUGAGCUUCCUUUUACAAAAAUGCAAAACGAGCAAGGUUUGGUCGAUAUUCGUAUGGGCUCUGGGAGAAAAGUUCGAGCUGGUGGCCGAGUCAUUUAUACUCCCGAUCAAGACGAUGAUCUUGAUGAUAGUGAUCCUGAUGAUGACUUGAAUCUU